UUAUUUUUCCUUGAACCACUCGGAGUUCGACUGGUCGGACAAAGAUUAGAUAUUUCAACACAACCACGACUGCUCGCUCAUUCAUCGAAUGUUGAGAGUACUGUGAUGUUCACGUGAUCUAAUCAGAUACCGGAAGCUGUCUGCUUGUCACCUGGAAAGCGACAAUGUGACAACCAUUGCUGAAACACCGACAAAACUACAAGCCAGUGACAACAGCGGAAAGAAGCAGGGUCAAAAGAUGUCUAUGCAUGCUUACUCUAAAAGGUCCAAGAAGACUUUGACAAAAGCUUUACAGAAAUUGGCUGGAAGAGGAUCCCACAGAAAGCUCAGACUCUGAGCGAUAAUGAUGAAGAGCCAACGACUGACACGAUAAAAAUUAGAGGAGUCACAAAUGCAUUGACUGCUGCAAAGUGUAAAUACUUCUUUCAGAACCCAGACAAAGGUGGUGGUCCUAUUGAAGAAUCCAAAUGGGACAAUGGUGAACAGAUAUUGUAUAUCAAAUUCAAAGAUGCAAAAGUGGCAAGGAGAGCUGCUUCAUCUCUUCAUGUGAUAGACGGAGGGGAUGUGGAGGUCAGUCUUGCCCCGAGAGGAAUUCCUGGCCCGGUGGGCAUGAGAACUGUUGGUAUUAGCGGAUGUGACCUGGAGUUCAAGGGCAUGUAUAUCCUUUACUUCGAAAAUCCAAUCAAUGGCGGUGGAGCUAUCAAUAGUGUGAGUGUAGACAAACAUCAUGACAAGCUGUUCAUCACCUUUGAGGAUGCUGCUGUUGCGGAAACAGUGUGCAGCAGACGACAUAAAGUAGAAGAUCGUGAGCUAGAGGUUAGGCUCGCCAGUUUGGAGCAGACGACAAAUGUAACACGUUUGUUAGAUCAAGACUUUGACGACUGUUUGAAGACUUUGGAGGUGACAAAUGGUCAACAUUUGAAAACAGAAGACGAGUACCUCAGUUACUUCCAGCACUGCGGGCACAAGUACGGUGGCAAGGUGGAGGACUUCGCCCUGGACAAAGAGAACGGAAAACUACUGGUCACAUUCGAUACUACUGAAGUGGCUAAGCGUGUGGCAGAACAUACAAACAGGAUCAAAGGCCAGAAAUCAGAGGUGAAUUUUUCAAAAGAGCCCCCCUACGAUUCGAACAAACUACUGUUUAAAAAUGUCGCUGAAGUCACCACUAAAGAACAUCUCUUGACAUAUGUGGAAAAUGUCAGUGGCACAGAGAGGCUGCAGCUCAUCUACAGCGAUGACCAAGGAGUUGUUCUCGUAAUAUUUCAAGAAAAGGCAGACGUUCAGAGAAUAAAAGACAAAUGCUCAAGAAAAACUCUUGAUGGAAGACAUCCUCAGGUCUGCAGGGUGCCAGUGUCGAACUGCAUCCUAGUGGAGAACCUCAGUCCAGUCACGACUGACGACGAAGUGGCUCAGUAUUUUGAAAGUCCACGGGCAAAUGGAAGCACAGUGCUCCGUGUAAAGCGAACAACCGCAAACAGCAACUGUUUGGUCUUUUUUGAAGACUCCAAAGUGAUUGAAGGGCUGGUGAGGACGAAGCACAGGAUAGCAGGGAAAGAGAUCAAGGUCAGGCUAUAUUUAGAGUGCCUAGGUCCAUCAGGAGGAAGCCCAGACCCCUUUGCCUUCCUCCUCCCGGAGCCCUUGAUAGUAACGAGCAAAGAAAACAGAAAAGUUUGCUUCGUUGAACGGUGCGGGGCGACACUCAAGCUGUUCAACCAACACCUCGCAGGUGUUCAUGCACGUGCAAAAGUCGCAGAGGACGUUCUAACGACCGAGUGCACUGUCGCAAAAUCGACUCCAGGAGUUCGAGCCUUGCUUCGAACGUGGAGCGACGAUGUGAAGCAAACAUUAAACACAUGUUUUGAGACAGUCAGUCUGAGAAGACUCGAUGUAACACCGGAAAUAUGGCCGACGUUGAAGCUGGCAGUGGAAAAGGCUUCAACCUCAUUCCAAACCGGCGCUCUGGUAUCAUCACUAGACGAGGAACAUACCUAUUUGGUGAUGGGCAGAAAAAGAAGCACAGAAGAGGUUUUUCAGCAAAUCUGCUCUAUGAAUCAAGCCAUCCAGAGCGAUGUGGACCGCAAGGAGCGUGAGGUGGUGCAGUCUGAAGCUCUUCAGAAAUUUGAACUCGAUCUCCUGCAGUUAUUGCCCCUGUUUACACAAGAUGAGCAGCCUGGAGGCCUAGUAGUGGACAUAAGACCCCAGAAGGGUGAGAUUUAUUUCCGUGGACUUCAGGAGGAAAUAUUGGAGGUGCAAGUUAAAAUGUUUCGCGCACUUCGCGAGACUGCAUCACAGAAGGUGGAAAGUUUGGAAGAAAGCAAGUGUCAGAUUCUGAGCAGCGAAGAAUCACGAGAUGCCAUUGGCAAAGACCUCCAAGCAGCAGGUCUCAAGGCCACAUGGGAGCAUACAGAUAAAGGAGUGAUUACUGUCUAUUGUCUGAACAAAUCUGAACUUCCACAAGCAGUCCAUAUUAUCGACACCUCUGUUAUAGAUGACGUCCUUCAUUUGAACGAAUUGUCUCUCGUCGUGCUGACUACGCAUGGAUGGAAAAGCCUGGAAGCGAGCCUUUUGAAGAAAAAUCAUGGCGUCCUUAGAAUCCAGACAGAUGACAACUCAAUACACAUCACAUCUUUACAGAAAAUAAUGCCAACUGUGAAGAGGAGGCUUAUAGAAUUUAUUUCGGAACACACAGUCUAUUCAACUAGCUUUCGCUUUUCUCAUACCCGGCACAAGUUCAUGGAGAUCAUUUGGAUGGAAAAAUUUUCAGAGCUGACGAACAGGCUAUCGAAACAGAAAGUUCAAAUUACACUGGAAAACAAUAAAAAAGAAAUUAAUGUGCAGGGAACCAGCAGAGGGCUAAAAUGGCAAGAGAGGAGCUGGAAAAACUGGAGGCUUCAAUUACAUGUUCCGAGAAGGUCGUCAACAGAAAAGAAGACAUCCUGUACCUUACUCGUCUUAAAAACAUGGAGGGCUUGACGCGUUUGCGUGUUGGCAUCGAUGUGUGAUAUCACUUUUUCCAGAAAAGAACGGUUUGCAGAUGAUCUCCACAAAUGAGCCAGGCGAGCAUGAAGUUGUGGUAGGGGGUAACCACACCGUGUCUGCUGUGGCAGAAGACAUCACGACAUUGGAAGUCGACGCCAUUGUGAAUGCAGCCAACGAAAACAUGCAACACAUCGGUGGAGUGGCCAAGAGGAUUGUUUCCAGAGGAGGUCAAGAGAUACAGAGCGAGUGCUACAAUAUUCUCAAAGCCAGAGGCAAGCUGUCUGAAGGAGAUGUGCUGGUGUCAGGCCCAGGAAAGCUUCCCUGCAAGUCCAUCAUCCAUGCAGUUGGGCCUCGGUAUAAGGGAGGCAACAAAGGCGAGGAGCAAUGUCUGCAGGCUACAGUGUUACAGUGUCUGAAGACUGCCUCUGACCUGGACUACACCUCCAUUGCCCUCCCAGCCAUCAGUUCCGGAGUUUUUGGCUACCCUGUUGAAGAGGCCACUCGUGUUAUUGUGGAGGCUGUUCAGCUUUUCUUUGAUACCAAUCCCAACAGCAGCAUCAGGAAUGUUCUACUUUGCGAUAUUUUGCAAAAUACUGUAAAAAGUUUCCAGUUGGCUCUGACUAUGGCCUCUUAUCACAAGGUGCCAACCACCGCGACACGGG